ACGAAACGGUAUCACAAAUGAAAAUGAAUUUGUUACUCAUUUUCCUAUCAUUGGGACAUUCAAUUGAAGCUAAAAUAAAUCCUACCGGACCUACAGUUAUUAGUGAUUUUGCUAAUUGCAUCAGCGAAUUGAUAGAAUUAAAUUUCAAUAAAUCCGGACUAUUAUUAUUUGCUAACAUGAACAACGUCAGUACAUCAGUCGCAAGAAUUCACACCGAGCUAUUGAAACACAUUAAUAUAAACGUAAAGCACGCUGUGCAAGUUCAGACUUCUAGACAAGAAGGUUCUGCGAUUUGUAGAGAAGAUAGUCCUGAUGAUGAAAAUCUUUCAAUAGUGCAUAAAGACCCAUACGAUGCUCGCCCAGUAGCACACUACGCAAUCAUCCUAAUCGACAAUUACAAAGAUUUUACAAAAGUUGCAAGCAAAAUAGUACACUCUCGGAUAUGGAAUCCGCACGCAAAAUUCAUCAUUUUGUUAUUCAAUUUUUCAAGUGACAAAGCAAAUGCGUUGCUGGUAGAAAAUAUAUUAACCUGCCUGUUUAGAAAUAACGUUAUUAACAUUGUCGUGAUUGUACCUAAAGAGAGUGAUAUAAGAAAUGCGAUAAUUUAUAGUUGGCGCCCGUUUGACCCGCCCAAAUACUGUGGUUAUUUUAACGAGACCGCAAAGAAUAGACUUCUUGUCAUUAACAGUUGUGAACGGGGCGCUUUAAAAUAUCAAAAGGAUGAUUUCAAAGAUAGAAUUCCAGACAAUAUGGGAGGCUGCGUUCUCCAAAUACUUGCAUUAGAGAGACAACCCUUUGUUAGCGGUGACAGAGACGAUCCGAACAUUGAGAAAUUGUAUUUUAAGCGGCUAACUGAUGAAUAUAAUUUCAAAACAGAAUAUACUUUAGUUAAUGGAUUUAGAGGUGAGAGAAAUGAAGGUGUUUGGGAUGGAGCCUUGAAAGAGUUGGCAGCUAAAAAGGGCCAAAUAUUGAUGGGAGGUAUAUUUCCUGAUUUCGACGUGCACGAAGACUUCGAAUGCAGUAAAACCUACUUGGCCGAUGCUUAUACUUGGGUAGCUCCUCGAGCGUUUCAAUCGCCUAAGUGGACCGCCUUAUUUAUCAUAUUCCAAAAUACCGUUUGGCAAUGCGUUAUCGCUGCAUAUUUUAUUUGUGUACUAAGCUGGAUAUUUUUAGGUCACUUCAGUAAAGAGACCUUGUAUCACAAAACAUUGCGUCAUUGUAUUAUGAACACGUGGAUAUCUCAUGUUGGAUUUUGUGCUUACGCUCGUCCUGUAAAACUUAGUUUGCGAGUGUUUUACGUAUUUUUUAACAUUUAUUGCAUACUGUUCUUAACAUGUUAUCAAACUAAAUUAAUAGAUGUUUUAACGAAUCCGAAGUUUGAAGAACAAAUAGACACGAUAGAGGAAUUAGUCGAAAGCGGACUCAAGUUUGGAGGGUCCGAAGAGUUGCAUGGUUUAUUUUACAAUUCUAGUGACUCAUUCGAUUAUAUGAUCGGGGAAAAGUGGGUAGAUGUUGAUAACAUGAGCAAGGCUUUGAUGGAUGUAACGGUUUAUAGGAAUUUUUCGGUUUUAUGCAGCCGAUUGGAGUUAGCACACUUCUCCUCGGUGUUAUCGGAGCUGAGUGACAGUUCGGGUAACUUCAGGUAUUUUGCCUUUGAACGGGAUAUGUUCACGGUUUCAUUGGAGAUGGUAGCUCUGAAAGGGUUCGCUUUUAUGCAGGGAUUCUCGAAUACUUUGGAGAUAUUCAAGCAACUGGGAGUAAAUUCGGAAGUGAGACGAUAUUUCGCUCAACUAAAUUCACGCAAGAGGGCGAAACUCCUUCUGACCUUAGCUGCAGAUCAACCUGACGGAAAUCCUUUGUCAUUAGGGCAUUUGCAAGGAGGAUUCUUGGCUUUGACUCUAGGCGUUAUAAGUGGAACUGUUGCGCUGUUUAUAGAAAUAAUUGUUAACACAAAAUAUUUCAAGCGGAAAGUAAAUUGUAGAAAGCGUAUGAAAUCAUGUUAAUGUGUUGAAUGAAAUUAACCCAACUGAUAUCUUGUUUACGAGAGCGGUGAUCCGAAUAGGUAGAGCUAUUUUAGAUAUGGGUAAGGAUUUUUUACUCUACAGGUCAGACUUUUAUUAUAUAAAAAUCCUCUUAACGUAUUCUUUGUUUGGACAGCUCUGCCUAAGC